UUUCGGCCGGCGCCGAUGGAGAAGAUGAAGGCGCUGCUGAAGCCGCGGGCGACGCCGCAGCAGCAGCUGCGCGAGUGGCAGCGCCGCCUCCGCAACGAGUGCCGCGGCCUCGACCGCCAGAUCCGAGAUGUCCAGAGAGAAGAGAAGAGCGUGGAGAAAGCUAUCAGGGAGGCCGCUAAGCGCAACGACAUGGGAUCCGCAAAGGCUCUUGCAAAGGAACUUGUGAGAUCAAGACGUGCUGUUAAUCGUCUUUAUGAAAACAAGGCGCAACUAAAUUCUGUAUCAAUGCAUCUUGGAGAGAUUGUUGCAACCUCAAGAACAGUAGGCCAUCUGUCAAAAAGUACUGAAGUUAUGAAGAUCGUUAAUGGUUUAAUGAAAGCUCCAGAAUUGGCUACUACGAUGCAAGAAUUUAGCAAAGAGAUGACAAAGGCAGGUGUAAUGGAAGAGAUGAUGAACGAUGCAGUUGAUUCAGCUUUGGACUCCGAGGACAUGGAAGAGGAAAUUGAGGAGGAGGUGGACAAGGUUCUUGCUUCAGUAGCAGGGGAGACUGCUUCACAACUACCAGAUGCUGCUAGGACACAGAAGGUUAAGCAAGCUUCAACGAGCAAGGUUCCUGAAGAGCGAGAAGCUGUUGCUGAGGGGGGCGAUGAUGAUGAGGAAGAUAUGGAAGAGAUCAGGGCACGGCUUGCUAAAGUGAGGUCGUAAGCUGUGCUCCCAAUAACCUUGUAAGUUUGGGAAGUCACAGCUUACGAGAUAACACCCAAACCCUUGUAUGCAUCGGGUUGAUAACAGCAUAGAUCUUUGCACACGUUGCUGCAUUUGCACCAGUAGCGUGUUGUUGUAUAGUAAGCAAUGUCAUAAGGACGAUGUGUGUAUUGACCUUACCUGUCAAGUCAUUUGAUACAUAAUGCAAUUGUUCACACAAAAAAUUGAUAGUCUGGGAGCUGUGUGAACUCGUUUCUGUAUGUUACGUGUAAAGAAAGUACACGGAAACUAGUCUUUCUUCUGAGCUUGAACCGGUUGUUCCUUAGUGGCUAAGUUUCUGGCUCCAUCCUUGCAAGUCGUAAA